UGGGCCCAGCCGAAUGUUAGCAGUAGGAGGAGCACUAUAAAAUCGCCGCUGAUUUCGUCUAUUCACAUCAGUCUUCUCUACCGAACAGAAGUAGCUGCAUCUGCCUUCAACAUGAAAACAAUCAUCGCUCUCUUCGCCCUCGUGGCCGUCGCUGUCGCGGCACCAGUUGAAGAUAACAGCCAAACCGUGGUCGUGAAGGAGACUCCCUUGGACAACAUCGGUAUCGACGGCUACCAGUUCGGUUACGAGCUGUCGAACGGCGAAAGCCGCGAGGAGUCCGCUCAGCUGGUGAACGCCGGCACCGAGAACGCCAGCCUCAACGUACGCGGUAGUUUCAGCUUCGUCGACCCGGCCACCAACGCCAGGUACACCGUCAACUACGUCGCUGAUGAGAACGGAUACCAUCCCGAGGGAGAACACCUGCCUGCCUAAUGCCUUAACUUAGUGACCCACCAGCUGUAAAUAACGCCUCUUGCCUGUAUCCUCGAGUUCUCCACGAUAGUGACUACGCUUAAGACCAACGCAGCAUCUCCGUCGUUGUUCUUUCAUCCUGAUGACAUCUCAAUUUUCUCUUUGUACAAUAACUCUGCUUAUCUUGACAAAUAAAUAAGAACUUUAUUUAAAAAAGGA